GAGGAGGGAGAGCCGGGUGUACGCAGAGCCCGCAGGAUUCGCUCCAGCCCUGUCCCCUUCCCGCUGAGCUCAGGGCGAGCGUCCCUCAGCCCAAGGUAAGGAGUGCUGAAGACGCUGCGCUUCUCGGUCCCUACCCGCAGUUAGCUGCUGACUGACCCACUUUUGGCUCUCGGUGAAUGUUUUUUUCCCCCCUCGGAUUUCUCUCUCCCUCCCUUUUUCCCCCCUUCUCUCUCGUUCUGACGAUGGGCUGACUUUCACAGAUGGUCACAACAUGUUUCAGCCAUUUCACUGCAGUCUGGGUUUUUGUUUUUGUUUUCUCAUCAGGAGAGUUUUGGGGUAAGCGCUGGAAAUGGACACGCCUGGUGUUGAAAUGCUGUCCUGCCUAUUUGCGUAGCUGCCUGGCAGUGCCUGUCAGCCAGGUCCCAUCCCACUGCCUCCCCACAUGGCUGUAUGAGCCCAGGGUAGCUUAUGUCUUCUGGCACAGAGCUGGGGGCAGCCAUGGGGGCCUGGGCCUCACAGUGCCAGGGCAGCUCCCAGCAGUGCCGGACAGGCCCUCAGACCCGCUGAGAGCAGGAAGAAAGCAGGCUUCUGGGCCCAGCUUGCACAGCCCUCCAUGGUGUUGGUAUGGAAACGGUGGGAGCAAGCUGGUGGCAUCGCUUUUUAAUUACAGUACAAUCAGCCGUGUAAAAACGACUCUAAUUUCACACAGUAGCCGUUUGUUUCAGGACGUGGGUUUUGUGGGGCUGAGUAGUGAGAACUGUAGGUCUGGGCUUACUGAUUCUCAGCCGCCAUCGAGAGACCAGAACUGCCCGGUCCUGCACACCCCACAAAGGCUUGAGGCCUGGCCUGGAUGCUGCCGUCAACCCCAUGCGUGUGCCCAUCUCACCAGCCCCAAUGCCUUGUGACAGAAAGCCUGUUGUUCUGUGAAUAGAUCCCAGGUGUGCCCCCACAGCCCCCUGCGUGCCCAACCGCUUACUGCUGGGCACUGCUGUGACCCCGGGCAGGUCUCUGGGAAAUGGCCUGAAGCUGCACCAGGUCAAGGAGAUGAAGCAGCGUUUAGCACUGCAGUGGGCAGUGAAGGUGACAGUGUUGGGUCAGGACCCAGGCCCACAGUGACACCCAAUCCCUCACCGAUGUCAGUUUUUAAAUGCUUGUUUCUCCUUCAGCAAACCACUUCAGGAAUGCCCUCUUCCAUUUCAGUCAGGCUCUGAGUUUCUCUUUGCUGCCCUUGGCCACAGGCUGUGUAUGCUGCACGGGGUACGUGUGUAAGGGUCAGCUGUUGGGCAGCCUCUGCUGACUGUGCUGCUGCCUGUGAUACCCUCAGGAAGGAAGGAAGGAAACAAGUGUGCUAUUAUGGUGUCUGUGUCUGUCAGUGCCCCUCACCACUAGUAGUGGCUUUUGAAGUUUGGCAGAGGGUACAUGUCUGUGAGAUGUACACAUUUCUGCACGUUUCACAAAGCAAAUGAGUGAGCGUGAGAAAGGCUGUUAUCACAGCAGCUGAGAGAGACGCGUCAGGUCCCUGAGUGUUCUCCACCACCCACGCACCCAGCAGCCCAAUGCUGCAGAGGGCAGAGUGGUUAGGGGCCUUCAAGAUGCCAGAGAUGUUCCUUUAUUAGGAAUUAGAUGCUCCAACAUGAAGUACAAAGCUAUAGGAAAACAGGCUUUCGUGGUCCCCAAGGAGAUUGGCUUCUCUCAGGGUGGUCCUCCCAUGCAACUCCACUCAGCUGUCUCCAGUUUUUUGCCUAAUGGUUAUGUUCUUUUCAGAUGUAGUGAGGCUGUGGGAUAUCCCAGUUUGGGGGUUAUUUGGUGCCUAUGGAAAAUUAAUCAGCAUCAGAAAUGGGUGGGAAAUAAUCUCUGGGAAGCAAGCGCAUUUUUAAAAUGCCUGUAAGUAGAUGUGUAAGAUCACUGCAGACAUUUUCAUAUUUCAUAAGUAUUGGAAAACUAGCAGGGAAUUCUGCCUAUAGUUGAGGUUCCUGCUUGGAUGCUUUUUAAGAGUGUUGCAUUUCUAGUUUCUUAUUUCUUGUUGUCUAGAGCUCCUUUUACUGGCAUAUCAGAGUGUACGCUCAGAGAGGUGAAGAGAUACUAGUGCUGCAAAACAGAAUAUUGUAUUUGCCAGGCAGGGAGGUGUGGAAGCAUGUCGUCUUGUUUUCCUGGUGUAGGCAGACUUUCAUGCUGUGGCUGCAGCCAUAGUCAGAAUGGAACAGAAAUGUUGUUUCCAUACCACUUUUCUCUCAGAAGUUGUGAAAAUAAACCUUACCUGCCCUAGGGAGAUUAAAAUCUGGGCUCAGAACGUGACACAUUGCUUUGGUCUUAACUGUGGAAGGUUCCCAAGGGAGAGGGUAAGCAUCCAUGAGGACAACAGCCCAAAUGCUUUGUGGUAAAGUGAAACUUUUCAGCUUGGUUUCCCUUGGCUAUGUUUGUUUAGGUUGUAGACUCAAAACAACUCCCACAUUUGCACUUAGAAUGACUUGGGUGGGAAGGGACCUCAGUGCCCACCCAGUCCCACCCCCUGCUGCGGGCAGGGCUGCCCCCCUAUCCCAGUUCAGCUGCACAGGGCCCCAUCCGACCUGGCCUUGAGCACCUCCAGGGAUGGGGCACCCACAGCUUCUAUUGGCAGCAGUGCCAGUGUCCCCACCCUUUGAGUAAAGAAGUUCCUCCUAAUGUAAACAUAACACUUGCUCUUCCUAAAGGGAUUUAUCUCUGUUUUUGAGGAAAGUUGAGUCUGGUAUCUCUGUAGAGAAAGCUGUGCUUAACAUGAUCUGCUUAUGCACUUAGACUUAUGUGACCCCAUCUCAACGUUGGUUGCAAUCUCAAUGAUGCGUGUAUUCUCAUGACAGCUUGCAAGUUCUGCAUCCAAUUACUCCCAUCUUACAGAUGGAUAUCUGCAGCACCAGAGAGCUUAAAUGAUUCAGACAAAGUACACAGAAAUUGUUUGGAAAUGAAAAAGUUCCCAUCAACCCCCAGCUCUUGUGAUCACAACUUUGCCUUAAUCUAAAUCCAUGUUAUUUCAGAAAUAUUACUGUUGGUGAAUAAAAGAGCUUUCCCUUGCCUGAUGUGCACCAAGAAAGGUGAGGAUCCUUUCUCAUCCAAAUGUUUUCUUUUUCACUAAUGUAUGCAAAUAGGUCUUUGAUCAAAAGUGUAGAGAUGGCUUUCCCCCUCUCUGAAUGUGGCAGGAGUGCAGAUACACUGUGUUGCAGAUUUCCUCUUCUGUUUAUUCACUGACAGAACUUUUCUAAUUAGAAGCAGACUGAUGGUUAAUGUAUGUGUUGGGAUGGUGCAUCCUGACAAGCCUGGGGAAUAAAUGGGAUGCCUGUUGGAUUUCGCAACCAGACAGAAGUAAACCUCAGAGAUGGGCCCGGACCCAACACUCUUCCUCUCCCUGGGCAGCCCCUUACUUCUUUCAGAUGUCUCUUAGAGAGUUUGGCCCUUGCUUCCAACUUGGGUUGUUCUUAGGUCUGUCCACACUGGCCUUCAGAAGAGUCUGUUCCCCUCCCAUUAUGCAGCUGUCCACAGGUGGCUGUCACCGGCCUCGUGCACGUCCCAGGGAAGAGGCAUUUGAAAGAAUGGCACCAGCAACUCCCCCUCUGAGAAAUGGAAGAACUCAGAGUCUGGGAAACCUCACAGGAAAAUUGAGACAGCAUUUCUGCCCCCAAACCUGGGUCGCUGCCUGGUGGGUUGCUGAGCACCCACGCAGGUUUUUUGCUGAUUCAAUGCACACUGAAGAACUGCAUGCAUGAGGAGAGGAAGGAAGAGAAAGAAAAUGGAUCUCUAAGAAGUUCUCUCAGCGUUUCUGCGAGCAGCCCAGGCUUGGCCACUCUAUCCCUUUAGAAAGGGCCUCUUCUUUUUAUUACAAGCAGGAAUAUAAGCAAAAGCUCCAGCUGGUUAUCAGUAAUCUCCUGCAUAGUCAUCGGUGCAGGGGGUAUAUUAAAUUCUUGAAGCUUCCUGGCAAUAUCAUGAUCUGACUUGAAGCUUCACUGUCGGUGGAAAUGAGGUUGCGCAUGAUCUACGUUCUUCAGUGGUCUCGGUGCCAGAAAAGGGAUCAGGCUACAGGUUUCUUAGGAUAUUUUGGUAUGUUUACCCUAAUUCUUCAACACUAGGGACUUAAGCAAGUUAUUUUUCUGUCCACUGCUUGACUGUACUUGCAAGAUAAGCCCUACAAAAAAGUCAGAGGAGACCUAAUGAAGUUGCAGAGCACGAGGCUAUAUAAAAUACUGGGAUAAUGGGCUCAGUGUUGGGUCUUUUUCCAGAAGCUGAGGAUCUUCAGCAGUGCAAAAACAAUGUCCUGAUGCAGUGUUGUUGGAGGAGGAAUGUUUCUGAAUCAUCUCUAUCAUUUCCAGCAGCGAGGGGAUUUCUCCUGGGAAUUCCCAUCCAAAUAGUACUACCAGUGUUGCUCAAAGCAUGCUGCAUGUCCCAGAAUUAACUUACCCUCGGGGCUGUCUCUACAGACAGAGCUCUGCUGUUCUGACAGCCUCCCUUGCCAAGCAGUGCUAUUGAGAGAGGAGGAGGUUUACGAAGUCACUGCUCCUCCUUUGCAUUGAUGUGUCUCUUCUAAUGCCAGAGGCCCCUCGGUGCCUUCUGCCUCAGCCCCACAGGAGCAGGGCUCCGCAGAGGUGUCGAAGCUCAGCCUUUGCUGCUCAGCUGCACUGCGGCAGGAGCUAAGCAAAACAAUAUUUAAAAAGCUAACAGCUUUUCCAGGGAAAUAUGUAGUAGGUGGAGUCAGGUCUCAUUUCUGUCUGACCAAAUUAUUUUUGCUCAGAUAUUUGGGGUAGUUUUUGUAAUGUUCAGCACAUGUUACACAGGAAGACAUAAUUUAAAUGUUACAUUGAUUUAACAGAUAAAGAGGUAUGUGUCCUUCUAGAGGGCCAAACUAAUAGGAAAAACAUCUUCAACUGUUCUGAAGUAAGCCAUUUAAAGAGUUUGGUAGCUCAGUAAUUGUGGAAUAAAUUAAUGUCUUAAGUCUUAAUCUCCCCCAUCAGAAAGGAAUAGUCAAUACACCAUAUGAAAACUUGAAAAUAGUUUUGUAUUUUUCCUGCCCAUGUUGUGCCUUGCAUUAGGUUCACAGAGUCUGCGUGUGAUCCAUUUUGCAGAUACCCAUCGUUAAUGGUGGAACUACAAAAAGACAAAACACUUGGAAGGUUGUAUCCUCCAGAGGAAUUCGGUAACUCUUAAAUCCCAUCUGACGCCUGCUGAAGUCAACAGAGAGACCUCUGUUUACUUCCCUGAGCUUUGGACUGAGUUCUUGGUUUCUCUGUAGAAAAUCUGUUCUUGUCAUGGAGCUAAACCAAUGGCUGUUGGAUAUAGAGGAUCCGGAUUCAAUGUGGUUUCUAUCAUUUUGAUCUGACUCUUUCAGAGACCAUUGAAGAAAUGCCAUUGUGUAUCAGGCCUUGCAGAUUUGUUCCUGAAAUACUGUGUUUGGGUGUUUGUGAAGAAUUCUACCUGCUGGUAAGGUGCUCAGACAACACAUGUUGCUCAAGGGGAGCAGCCAUGCCCAGGUGCCUGCAGCUGAGCUUGCUCUUUCUGAAGAGGAACCAGCUCAUUGGAGCUGCUCAACGGGGGAGUAAGAGUGUGCAGUAUGAUUUGUGCCAGCUGAGCACAGGACCCUGCCUUCUGUCAGAGCAGCAGCACGUUUGUUGUGCUGGUGUAGCUAAUGGCUGCUCAGAGGACUUGUCUACAUGGGAAAAUUUGCCAGCAUCAUUUUGCUGCUAUAAUUAUCCCAGGAAAAUUCUCCCUGUGGAUGUUGUUCUUAUAAUGUAGGAUGAAGAUCUGUGGUAGGUCUUCUGCAUAGGUGGGUUUUAUGUUACACAGAGGAAGAAUAUUUAUAUUGCAGCCCAGCAGCUGCAAAGCACAAUUUUUAUCCUACUUCCCAGUAAAUGUUACACUGAGAGUUUCCUAUGCCAGAGGUACUUUCAGGGGGGAAUGUACGUCACUUGAUCUGAUCAGCUCAAACAUAAAGCCUUGCUCUCACCCUAUGGGACUGGGCACAUUCUUUGCUUUUGUAGGAUAUGGCUGUGGGAGCCAGGGUAAAGGCUGGGAUGCUGCCUUAUACCUCUCCGUGAUCCUGUUCAACUGCUUUUAAUGCUGUGGCUGUCUGAAUAUGUUCUUCAUUUGAACUUUCUGUUCAAGCUGCUGUGUGACUGAAGCUGAAUCUUGAAUCACUGAGAUCUCCUCAAACGUGCUGUGGUGUUGACUUUCCUUACCAGGCUUUCAAGUCAGAUUCUCUUGUCAAACGCUGUCAUUUUCAUUGCUUGGGUACUUAGACACCAUUCUUCAGUAAUGCUCCUACUUGGGAUUUUGGCUUUUUCCAUGCGGUAGAAGGAAAACAGCUGGGGUAAUGAGUCCCAGACUUGUUUCUCUGUACCCCAUGUCAGGAGAUAGCAUCUGAUGGGAGCAAGUUGAUCUCCACCCUGAUACCAGAGGAUGAAGAUGGCUACGGAGAUCAGCGUGUUGACAUCAAAUGUGCUGAUCUAUUUCUGUGCCAAAGUCUGGGAAUCAAGGGGUUGGGUAUGGGAAGCAGAAUGGCUACAUCAGCACAUUGCUCUGCUGUGCUUUGGCCUUGAUUGCUUCCAGCUCGGGGUGAAGGACCAGGGGUGUUUUGCACUUCCUGCUUGAGUUCAGUGACCAUCUGCUUGAGCUUCUUCCCUCUGUGAUACACUGUGGCAUACAGAUAGAGAAACCGAUAGUGAAUGAAUGUUGUACCUUGAGCUUCUGCUGGUUCACCUGUGGACUUCAAGAGUGUCACAAAGCCCUUUCUGAGCAGCCCGGCAGGCUGGGUAGGACAGAGAACACUGAAGAGAAAUGAAACUAUGCUUGGCGUUUUCCGAAGGUUUUUUAGGUCCAGCAGUGUUUUGUUUCAACAUAAAUGGGAUGCUGUGUGUAAGCCUGCAGUAAGGCUUGUACUUCUCGUUCCAGUGGUUUCCUGGAAAAUUCUGACCUUGCAGCACGGCACUUGACUCCAUUUCUUGUGUGACUACAAAACUGGGAAAUGGCUUCUGUGUCAGGCACUUUUGUGAGCCGAAGCAUACCGGUGGAAGUGGAUGAAUCCAUGCUGUAUUCCCCAUUUCCUGAACCUGCCUUGGAAGAGGCUUCACAGCCUUCUGUAGAGCACGUGGAGGAUGAGGAGCGCCAGAGACCACGUGCCAAUCCAGCACAUCUCUGCAGAGCGCUGGCACAUCACCAGCUGGCCACGGAGCCGGACAGCAGGCCGUGGUCAGAAUAUACCGAUCCUGAUGGAUGUGGGUGCUUCUGUUCCCCUAGUGAAUCAGUACUGGAAUUAGUUCACUCCAAGAUGCAUCUUUUAACUAUGGACAAAUCAGGCAUGCAGCCAGGACCACUGCUUUCAGCUGAUACCAACUCUAGUAAGUCAGAGCAGAGCUUGGAUGAUGCUCCUGAGGACUCAUUGGAGGAGAACAACAAAGGGAGUUCAUGGUCACGGCAGCCUUCAGGAAACAAACUCCCAGCAGAGCUGGCAACUGAGGACACGGGUUACAACUCCCAGUCCCAAGACAUCAUGGGUGUCAGGCACCUGGAGCUCCCCUUACCACUUGUGUCCGUGGUGAACCCCCAGGACCUCCCAGGACCGCUGAUCUCCAGAGAGUUUUUUGGACCUGAGCCUCAGCAGCACCCCAGGUGCCAGCACUUGCCCCAUCCCAACCCCUCUGCGCAAGCCCAUGGCUUCUGUGGGCACCACUAUCUGGCAGAGCAGCACCUGCACGGCCCAUAUGGCAGAGCUCCUUACCAGCAUUUUGCACAUCCAUCACAACCGCUCCCUCCUGUUCCCGGACCCUGCAUGAGAGUUAUCCGCCCAGCCCAGCAAGUCAUCCCCAAUUACUCCAACCUUCGUGCUCCCAAGGGCACCACCGAGCGACCUCCCCAGAGGCUGUGCUCCUCCCCUGGUCCUCCUCGAUUCCCAAACCAGUUGUACAACCAGCUACCUAACGGCCAGCUGUCCCAAAAGGCAUGUGGCCCAGAUGAAGCAUGUUGUUGUCCUUCUGACAAUUUUCCAUCUCCAGCUGCUGUCCCAAGACCUCUCAGUAACCCUGCAGCCAAGGGAACUCUGAGAACCAGCAAUUUGCCGGAAGAGUUGCGCAAGGUCUUUAUAACCUAUUCCGUGGACACAGCGGUGGAGGUCAUGAAAUUUGUGAACUUCCUGCUUGUAAAUGGAUUUCAGACUGCUAUCGAUAUAUUUGAAGACACAGUACGAGGUAUUGACAUCAUAAAGUGGAUGGAACGCUACCUAGGUGAUAAGACGGUGAUGAUAAUCAUAGCAAUCAGUCCAAAAUACAAACAGGAUGUGGAAGGGGCUGAGUCCCAGCUGGACAGGGAUGAACACGGCUUACAUACUAAAUACAUCCACAGGAUGAUGCAGAUUGAGUUCAUACAACAAGGGAGCAUGAACUUCAGAUUCAUCCCCGUGCUUUUCCCAAAUGCCAAAAAGGAGCACGUGCCUACCUGGUUGCAGAACACUCACAUUUAUAACUGGCCAAAGAACAAGAAGAACAUCCUCCUGCGGCUACUGAGGGAGGAGGAAUAUGUUGCUCCUCCAAUAGGACCUUUACCAACACUCCAGGUUGUGCCGUUAUGAACGUUAUCUCUCAAAGUGCACGAGAAGCAGUUGUUAAAGGGUUGCUUUUGGCAGGGAGCCCGCACUCUUCCAGAUGGCUCUUUCUGAUGACAGAAGACACUCUUUCUGCUUAAGGAAUUGGUUGUGUUGGGUAGCUCAGGCUCAGCUCGUUCUCCACCACGUUAAACAUCUAUUUCUGAAGCUGAUGGAGCAGAACUCCUCUCUCCCAGGUUUUUAAAAAAGCUGCAAAUGGAACGAAUGCCCAACUUUAUUUUAACAUCUGUUUUUAACAUAACCCUUUAUUAGUCGAUACGGCAAACAAACGCCAGAAAUAACGUUCCUCCUUUUUUGCUCAGGGUUUCUUUAUAGAUAUCCCUGCCUUGUACAGCAUUAUCAGACAGUUAAUUCGUACAUGCACUAUUAAAUAUGUUUGCCUUUUGUAAGGCUACCUGA